AUGCCUUCCGUUUCUUCUUUAAAUGUCGAAGAUAAAACUGCGAUAAAAAAGGUCAUAAAGACCUCCACAAAUAAAAUCCUCACUGCAACUGUAGUUCGGCUUUAUGUUGCGCAUCCUAAUCCAAAUACGUGGACUUACAGCAACCUUAUGGGUGCUGUAGCUUUUGUCAAAGAUCAAGAAAAGAAUUCUUUUUUUUUUCGUUUAGUGGAUUUGAUGAACGAUCAAGGUAUUUUGUGGGAACAAGAAUUACGUAAAGACUUUAAAUACAAUCAAGAGUGCCCAUUUUUUCAUACCUUUUGCACUGAUGAUCACUUUUCUGCAUUCUCGUUCGCCAAUGAAAACGAGGCCAAAAUCUUUUACAAAAAAGUUAUAAAUAGAGAGAAACUUAGUGAUAAAAAAAACCAAAAGAAUUCUAAAAGUGGCGGAUUAUUUGGUACCAAGAAAAAUGGCAAGAAGGGUAAAAUAGACAAGGCAUCAAUCAGCAAACCAACUGAUUUUAGGCACCUCGGACAUAUAGGUUUUAAUCCUGAUACAGGAUUUGAUGUACAAAACAUCAAUCCUUCAUGGAAAAAUCUAUUCGAUCAACUAGGUGAAUUGGGUAUCAGUCAGAGAUACGCUAAAGCUUUGAGUCUUAUGGAUUGUAAGAAUCAGGAAAUAAUUACACAAAAUGCCGAUUUUAUUAUGCAAUAUGUUGAUGAAAAUGGUGGAAUAAAAAAAACAAAUAAGCCUGCCAAAACGACAACCGGCAAAUCAGCUUCUGGUGCUACAAAAAAAACACCUCCACCACCUCCACCAAGUCGACGUCCUGGAUCUUCUCCAUCUGCUAAACCCAAAGCAAAAUCACCGCCACCUCCACCACCAGCUCGACGCUCGGUUGUCAGCAAUCAAUCGAAUAAUAACGGAUCUUCAAAACAUUCUAGUCCUCCGCCGUCUCCAAAGCAGGCCAUCCUUCCAACAACUCAUAAACAAGCAACAUCACACCCGCCACCACCGCCUCCAUUUCCAGUUUCGAGCGUUAAUAAGGUUACACAACCUUCUCCAGUUUCGGGCAUAAAUAAACCGGUACAUCCGCCUCCACUUCCAAACGUAAAUAAAAUCACACCAAUAUCAAGCACAAACAAAAUCCCACAACCACAUUCUGUUCCAAGUUCAAGUAUACAUAAAACUGUACAGCCGCCUCCAGUUCAAGCUGCACCGCCACCACCGCCACCUCCCGUUCGUCCGGCGACUCAAAACGAACCUCCACCAUUACCGCCAGCUAGGGUUGGGGAACCAACUCGUCAGUCAACUAUAUCAGAAGAUCCUCAGAGUCCAACCAGUGGUGGAAAUGAUCUUGCCUCAGCGUUAGCAAAUGCACUUUUGAAUCGUGGAGCAGCAAUUCGCGACGAAGAUGAAGAUGACGAUGAUUGGGAUGAUUAA